AUGCAGUUGCCGGUUAUCAGCUGCACUUUCCUCACACUGUCACAGCGUGAGGAAAGUACUGCUGAUAGCCGGCAAUUGUCAGAGGAGGGAUCGGCACUGAUCAGCAGGACACUGAUGAUCAGUGCCCUGAUGAUUGUUGCCCAGCAGUGCCACCCACCAGUACCGCCCACAAGUGCCCAGCAGUGCCACCCACCUGUGUCUAGUAGUGCCACCCACCUGUGCCCACCAGUGCCUAGUAGUGCCACCCUGCCUAGUGCCACCCACCUGUGCCGCCUAUCCAUGCCGCCUCAUCAACACACAUCAGUGAAG